CAGUGCUACCGGGCCACACCGUCCCCAUAGCGGAUCCAAAUUCGGCCACUUAAAUUUUGCCCUAGCGCAGCAGUGAGUGCCGCUGCUCUGCGUCCCAUCACCCCUGCCAUCGCUCCAUGGUCGAGCGAUCCCCGGCGAAGGAUUCCAUGACGACUUCGACGAUCACCUCCACGGAGCUCAAUUUCCUCGUAUUCCGCUACCUUCAGGAAUCAGGUUUGACCCAUGCAGCAUUUGCUUUGGGAUAUGAGGCCGGGAUUAACAAAAGUCCCAUUGAUGGAAAUGAAGUUCCACCAGGUGCUCUUAUUACUAUUGUCCAAAAAGGUUUGCAAUAUAUAGAGCUGGAAGCUAACUUAGAUAGUAUUGAUGAAGAUUCGGAAGAUGACUUUUCCUUUUUGCAGCCUUUGGAUCUCAUCACAAAGGAUGUUGAUGAACUACAACAAAUGAUAAAAGCUAGAAAGCAAGCGAAGAAUCAGAAGGAAAUUGAUAGAACAAAAGAUAAUGCACUUGCUCAAGAACAAGAACAACAAUUUGAAGGGGAGAGAGUGAGAGAAAAGCAAGAGAAAGUUGGAGAUCAAGAAAGGGAUAAAGAUAAGAUGGACGUGGACAAUGAACAAGAGCCAGAGAAGGAGAGGGAUGAGAAGGAAAAGGAAAAGGAAAAGGAAAAACAACAUUCCGAAUCCAAAGAUAAGGUUAAACAUGAGGAGCAUGAAGUUUCUAAAGGGCCUGAACUAAUGGAUAUCACACCUAGCUCUCAGUCUGUGGCUGUUGAGAUCUCACGUUCUGAAGUAACCAUUUUGGAAGGGCAUAAUUCAGAGGUAUUUGCUUGUGCAUGGAGUCCGGCAGGCUCUCUUCUAGCAUCUGGGUCUGGAGAUUCAACUGCAAGAAUUUGGAAAGUUCCUGAUGGUCCAUGCAGUAAAGAUGUGCAAGUUUUACCACCAAAUGUUCAUGUCCUGAAACAUUUCAAGGGUAGAACUAAUGAGAAGAGCAAGGAUGUCACUACCCUUGACUGGAAUGGUGAUGGUACUUUACUUGCUACUGGUUCUUAUGAUGGACAAGCAAGAAUAUGGAGCCCGGAUGGAGAACUAAGGAAUACAUUAGUGAAACAUAAAGGGCCCAUUUUCUCACUAAAAUGGAACAAGAAAGGUGAUUUCCUUCUCAGUGGUAGCGUUGAUAAAACUGCUAUUGUCUGGGAUACAAAGACUUGGGAAUGUAAACAACAAUUUGAAUAUCAUUCAGCACCAACUCUUGAUGUUGAUUGGAGAAAUAAUAACACCUUUGCUACAUGCUCUACGGAUACAAUGAUCUAUGUUUGCAAGAUUGGUGAGACUUACCCGUUCAAGGCUUUCUCUGGACACAAGGCUGAAGUUAAUGCUAUUAAAUGGGAUCCAACUGGUUCACUAUUGGCUUCAUGUUCAGAUGAUGGGACUGCAAAGAUAUGGAGUCUGAAGCAAGACAAGUGUUUGCACGAUUUCAAGGACCAUAGCAAGGAGAUAUAUACAAUCAGAUGGAAACCAACUGGUGUGGGUACAAGUACCUCGAAUCAACAAUUGAUUAUUGCAAGUGCAUCUUUCGAUUCGACGAUUAAAUUGUGGGAUGCCGAAUACGGACGCCUCCUUUGCAGCAUGAAUGGUCACAAGGGACCUGUAUAUUCCGUCGCUUUCAGUCCCAAUGGUGAAUACUUAGCAAGUGGAUCCCUAGAUCAAUCUCUACACAUAUGGUCUGUAAAAGAAGGGAGGAUUAUGAAGACGUAUAGGGGACGUGGUGGCAUAUUCGAAGUGUGUUGGAACAGGGAAGGCGAGAAGAUCGCAGCGUGUUUUGCUAACAGCAUCAUUUGUGUUAUGGACUUCAGGAUGUGAAGGAGUCUUAGUGUCUGGGAGGGUAGAAAGCAUUAUUUAGAAGCAAUUGUUUAAGUAUUAGGUUGACGACUUCAUGCUGACCAUGAUUUUGAGUGGAGCAGUUAAGUUCGUGAAGUAACCUGCGACCAAUAAAAUAACUAUUCGCUUGUUGCUUUGUGAAGAAAGUCAAGAGGGUUGGAUAGUUUUACUGGGACGGCAGCUUUCUAAGACGGGGAGAUCUAGUUGACUUGGAAAGAAUAUAUAUAUAUAUAUAUAUAUACUUCUUAUGCUUGUGAUUUUAAAAAUAAUUAACAGCGAAAUCCGUGUCCAUGAAAAUGUUGAAAUGUGUUUGAUUGCGAUGUAGACUACAAUAUUAUCUGAUAAACUUUAGGAUAGAACUUGGGCACAUCCCAAAUUAAGAGAAAUAGUAGUGAGCGUUCCUUGUUUUGUCACAAAAUAAACGUUCUUGUCAUAAUUUUAUUUCAAGUUAGUUUUUAAUUUAA